UGGUAUAUAGCUUUCGAUCCGACUAAAAAGAAGAAGCUUGAAAAUUGUAAAAAUAUAUUUCUAUGUGCUACGUCCGUUUGUGUUUUAUAUUGUUUACUGACCUGAUAAGACGAUAAUACGCCGCAAUGGAUGAAUAAUGUGAAAGCCAUUUCAGAGGGUCCGAGACAACGGCGAAGAAAGGAGAAAGAAAGGCCGACCGCUGCGAUAAUACCCGAUGGCCCAAAACAAAUUAGCAUAAUCAAGGCGCCUGCCCAAUGGCUGACCACUGAGAGAUACAUUGGGAGAUCUAUCGAGAAAAACACGCACUUUUGUGCCGCGAUCAUUAACGCGAUCAAAUGCAAAUGAGGCGACAUCAGUCAAGCGGCCGAAAGCGAAAUGUGCAUCAGCAUCAUCAGCUCGAUAAGUUUGGACUAGGGAUUGCAUAAUAGAGCUAACAUCAAACAACAAACGACCUCAUUUCGGAAAUCGCAAACGCCGAAACACGCCGAAGAUAGACCCAAAGUUUUGCAUGACGUAUACGCAACGUGGGCCGCAAUCAUGGAUCUAAUGGAGCUGCUGCAUCAGCUGUUCCUCCACAUACUCGACAUUUUUAAGAUCUACGUCAAGUUUGCACUGAUCACGCUGGUCAUCUACUUCCUGGCCGAGUGGUACAUACUGCGAUAUGGAGCAGAAUUGGAGGCCGAACUGGACGCCCAUCUGGUGGAAGGUGCCGAACUGAGGGAGGAAUCCCCCGAGCGACUCGAAUCGAAUAGCACGCUGAGCAAGGUGUUUCGCUUCGUCGUGAACUUUUUCAUCCUCUAAGCGACUGGAUUGAAGCCACUUGUCAAGGUCAAUCGCGGAGCUGACUGAGCAGCGGAAUCGGUUGCUUUUUCGCGGAAUUGCAAUUCAAUUCAGGCAGCCACAACUCAAGGCUCCCGUCAAGAGAAUGUAAAAUCGAACCAGUUGCAUUUAACAACAGAAAAUACAAAACAAAAAUAAAAACAAAAAAAAAAUAACAGCUGCAGAGUAAACACAAUCUUUAUAUGUAAUAAACAAUAACAGUAAGGAGCUGUAAAAAAACAA